UGCCCCUCCCUGGGGCCGGCCCCAGCCCGGCCGGCCCGACCAUUGCGCGCCGCGCCGCGCUCGCCCAGACCCGUGGCGGCGACCAUGGAGAGCAGCGGGGCCGUCGUGAGCAUUGACAUGCCGCCCUACGACAAGGACGGGGCCGGCCAGCCCCCGCCCUACAGCGGCGCCUGGGGGGCCGCGGGCGGCCUGGGCACCCUCGAGCCGCCCCGCGACUUUGUGCUCUGGUCCUUCUUCAACACUGUUUUCUGCAACCCCUGCUGCCUCGGCUUCCUGGCGCUCGUCUUCUCCAUCAAGGCAAGAGACCGCAAAGUUCUGGGUGACAUAAAUGGUGCAGACAGCUAUGGCAAGACUGCCAGGAACCUGAACAUCGCUGUCCUCAUCCUCAGCAUCAUUGUAAUCAUUGUGGUCAUUGUCCUCGUAACAAACCCUAUCUAUCACCACUAAAUAGGCACCAUAUAACCACACCUGGAACCUCAGCUGCAGCAAGUGAGCCCCCCUACUUCGGGGUUCAGUUCAGCAGGACAACUGUACUCAGCUUCACCUUCCUCCCAUCGCAGGCGCUUGCCCAUGUCCCUGCUGUUGCAUUCCCAAGAGAGGAAGUGAAUGGCAACUAUACUGAUGACAGGGCCUGUGCUCUACUGAUGCCUCCAAUUCAGCUUUGGAACUGGAGUCUCUGUCUCCUGAUAGCCUGCCUGAAAGCCCCAUCAUCCUUUGCCUGGUGGAGCCAGCACCAUGUAGAUGGAUAUCUCCAGGCACUCAGUUCCCUCAGGCUGGUAGCCAACUGCCUAGUCUCCAAAGUCCUCUGAAUGUGUGCGGUUUCCUGUUGCAAAAGGGCUUGUUUCUCUGCUUUAUGAUACUGUCCUGUUUAUCUUGACAGAUUAAUUUUUGUAGGCUUUUCCUCAGUAGAAAUGGUGAGCCUGUGCCAAUAAAGGACCUUUUCUUUUC